AUGGAUUCUCAAGUGACUCGCCAGCUCAACACGGUUAGCGGUGAUAGUAAAGGUGUCGUUAAGUUGAUUCGCUUUUCUCUAUUUUCAUGGCUCAGUAGGUUCUCUACAUCUAAAACCGCGGCCAAAGUAAUUUCUAACACCCCGGAAGUCUACGCUCAGCUUCCUAAGCCUGACGGGGUCCAAGAGGGUUCCAUGCCUUUUUUUCCAGGUAAUGUCGAGAUUAUAGAGUCCGCAACUGUGCCACUGCUAGCAAUUGCUUGGGAUCACCAAGUACAGGUUGCGAAAUUGGUGAAGUCAGAAUUGAAAAUUUAUGCAAAAUGGACACUUGACAGUUCAGCAAUAGGAAUUGCAUGGCUGGAUGAUCAGAUGUUGGUGGUGCUGACAUCAGCUGGACAACUCUGUCUGUAUGCAAAUGACGGGACCCUAAUUCACAACACAAGUUUUGCGGUAGACGGAGGCAGAGGAGAUGAUGUCAUCGGACAUCACACCCAUUUCUCCGAUGUCCUCGGCAAAGCUCAUCACAAUUGUAUAGUUGUCAGGGGUGCUUCUUUGUAUCUACUUGGACCUACACAUCUUGUUGUUUCCUGCCUUCUUCUAUGCAAGGAACGCAUCGAAGUUUUGCGCAGAGGCGGUGACUGGAUGGGUGCUUUCAACAUGGCAAUGAUGCUUUAUGAUGGCGAAGCCCAUGGUGUGUUUGAUCUUCCUAGAGCAUUGGAUGAUGUUCGAAAAGUGAUAAUGUCUUACCUUGUGGAGUUGCUAUUGGCAUACGUAGAUGAGGUCUUUUCAUAUAUAUCAGUGACAUUAGGCCGCCAACUGGAGCACUUGAAUGAUUCAUUGAUUGAUAGCUUCUCUGUGACUUCAGAGCAGUACACAAGUGUUGGUGGUGUUGCAGUUGAGUUCUGCGUUCACAUCAAGAGAACCGACAUCCUGUUUGAUGAAAUUUUAUCCCGUUUUGAGUCUGUUCAACAAAAAGAGACAUUUUUGGAGCUUUUGGAGGCAUAUAAUUUGAAGGACAUGCUUGGAUCACUUCCACCUGAGGUAUUUCUUGUUUAUAUCUUUUGUACGCUUCCAGGAGCUAGUGUAUGUUGUAACCAUAACCUAAGCAGUUAAUGUAGUAAAAUA